AGCUUCAGCCAGAGCACCAACCUCCUCAGCCACCAGCACAUCCACACUGGGGAACGUCCCUACACGUGUGGGGAAUGUGGGAAGAGCUUCAGGCAGAGCUCCACCCUCUGCACCCACCGUCGCAUCCACAGUGGGGAACGGCUCCACACAUGUGGGGAAUGUGGGAAGAGCUUCAAACGGAGCUCCCACCUCCUCAUCCACCAGAUGAUCCACAGUAGAGAAAGGCCCUACACGUGUGGGGAGUGUGGGAAGAGCUUCAGCCAGAGUGCCAACCUCCUCAAGCACCAGCAAAUCCACACUGGGGAACGGCCCUACACGUGUGGGGAAUGUGGGAAGAGCUUCAAACGGAGCUCCCACCUGUUUCGACACCAGAUGAUCCACAGUGGGGAAAGGCCCUACACGUGUGAGGAAUGUGGGAAGAGCUUCAACCAGAGUGCCAACCUCCUCAGCCACCAGCUCAUCCACACUGGGGAACAGCUCUACAAGUGCUUGGAAUGUGGGAAGAGCUUCAGCACAAGCACCAACCUCCUCAGACACCAGCCCAUACACACCGGGGAACGGCCCUACACGUGUGGGGAAUGUGGGAAGAAGUUCAAACGGAGCUCCCACCUGGUCCAACACCAGAUGAUCCACAGUGGGGAAAGGCCCUACACGUGUGGGGAGUGUGGGAAGAGCUUCAGCCAGAGCGCCAACCUCCUCAGCCACCAGCUCAUCCACUCUAGGGAACAGCCCUACACGUGUGAGGAAUGUGGGAUGACCUUCAGCCAAA